AUGGAUAAGUGCUUUGACUCUGUGAAUGGUUCAACUUUGAAAGCUAUGGAUGGAAAAGCACUCCGGUCGGCUGUCACAACCAAUUCAGGUCAUCUAGAAUUUUGGAAUGAAGCAAUUAAUGUAUUCCAGAGUAUGACAUUUAUUAAUAGUAAAGGUAAAAAAUCUAAGCCUCCAAGUUUAAUACAUUGGAUAGAUACAUUAAAAAGUUUCAAAUUUAUAUGGCUUAAGUUACAUUCUAAUAAUUUAAAAUUUUUAAUUCCACGAAACAUCAACCAAGAUCCAUUAGAAUGUUUGUUUGGUUCGUCUAGACAGCAUUCAGGGCGUAACAUUAAUCCUGACUGUUUCCAUUUUAUGACAUCUUUUAAAACAUUAUUGUUAAAUAAUUUUUCAUCAGCAAAAUCUCUUAGUUUUAAUUGUGAAGCAGAUAAUUUGGAGCCUUUAACAAAUUUAAAAAAUUUUUUACAAAUUAAUCACACAAAAAAUAAUAAUGUCUCGUUUUCAAAUGACCUUCUCCUUCAACUAAAAAAUAAUAUUUAA